ACAAUGUACAAAAGAUCCCCUAAAAGCUGUAAAUGCUGUUAGCUAAACAGGAUCUAAGAAAAUCCCCCCCAUAACAGAACUCUGGCAUCAUGUACAAGUACGUUCAAGCAGCAUGUUUGCUGGCUGGGUACUCCCUACCACGUAGCUGCGUGUUGGAUUAUGACCUACCCGUAGAAAGAAGUUGUUAUUAAAAGUCUCAAGAAACACAGAGAAGGUAUGGACAGGCCAGGUUUCUUAGUGAAUCAGCAUCGCUACAUACAAACUGAAGGUGGUACCCCAACAUCAGUCAAGCCUACACUGAUUGCACGCAGCCCCUACAAGUAUCUUGGAGAUGUGGAGAGAGAUAUGGACAGAUACAGUUCAAAGAAACCGGCCGCACAGGCUCAACCACCUGGACACCACUCAAAAUCAGUUAACCCCCGAGGGCCUCAUUACAGCGGCACACACAGUCAACAUGGCUCGUCUUCAAGUACCCACUCCUCUCUCUCAGACUCCAGUUCGGGGUACAGUUGUCAAAUGGAGAAUGGCUCGCAACCACUUCGGCAAGAAGACUAUCGGUUAACAAAUCAAGGACAAUAUGGCCACCAGUACGCUGCAGGGCGUCCUGGAGACCCUGGUUACUAUCAGCACUCAGAUCUAAGGUACGUUGGAUCUACAAGACAGCAGUACACCGCUCAAUACCCGGGAAGAACAACGUCUAAUUACGAGAAAUUUGGACCCACCAGUUAUCACGAGCAGCGGAGGGACUAUGAGCAUCGGCAACCUUACCACCCCCAAUACAGGCAUAUUUCACGACAACAUGGACCCCUCGUGAAAGCUCAUUCCGAAGAGACUUUCAGACAAGAAAGAACUAUUGAUAGUGAGAGAGGAUUCUCGUCUUUGGGUGAUCCACCGCCACCACCGGUACAGACACCAGUAUACAGGCAAGAGCACCCUCCUAUGGGGCAGCCACUUAUGACACGGUACACCUACCAAACAGAGCACCCAGGACCGUACAGAGAACUGUCUCCAACUUCAACCCAGUACAGUUACAGUACAUCUACUACUGCUUAUUCGUCUGGCGUGAACAGAACAGACAUACUCUCGGAGAAAAUUGAAGGCAUGAGAAUUCAUCUAGUUGACGGUAAUAUUGAGAUUUUGAAGCAGCCUAUAGACCAAGUCGUCGAUUUAAAUGAGAGCGUGGUGUUCACGUGUGAUGCUCGUGUAGUUGAUUGUCAAGAAGACCCGAAUCUAUUGUGGUUUAAAGAUCAAGAGCCGUUGAUUGGUGAGAUCGAUUCAACGUAUGUUAUCACAGAGACGACUGAGAAAGAUGCUGGUGUGUAUCACUGCCUUGUCUCGCACCCUCUGAACCCAACUCAACAGAAAGAGUCCACUUCGGUCACUCUCACCAUCAACACAGGGGUCCCUAAGACCACUCCGCCAUUGGUCAGUCUCCCGGAGAUAGUGAAGCAGCCACUGGGUAUACUAGCAGCUGUUGUGGGAGAGCCUCUGGAGGUGGCCAUACAAGCCAGCGGAGACAAUCCACUAUCGUACCAGUGGUACAGAAACUCACAACCCCUGAACUUUGCCCAGUCCUCUAUUCUCCGGUUCCCUGCAGCCUCCAUUACAGACAGUGGUGACUACUGCUGUCGGGUGGCCAACGAUCAUGGCAGCAUUCUCUCCAAGGUCUUCACUCUGGAGGUGACUAGGGUUCGAGCUGCUGUUGUGGCUGCUGACUUGAGUGAUUCGUACCUGCAAAGAGCCAGUGUGGCCAUUGCCCAACAAGUUAGGGGCAUUGAAGAACUAGCUCUCACUCUUGGAGUGCGAAUACCUCACCCAACUACCUAUCAAAGUUUAGCAGAGCAGGUGUUGCACUUGCUCGUGAUCUGGAGGGACACUAAAAAUGGAACUAAGAAAAGACUUGUUAGUGCCCUAAAACAACUUCGCAUUGUGUUGCAAGAUUCAGAAAGAAGCCAGGGAUAUGGCCGGUCAAAGGAUUUAGAACGAAGCCAGGGGUAUGGCCGGUCAAAGGAUUUAGAAAUAAGCCAGGGGUAUGGCCGGUCAAAGGAUUCAGAUAGAAGCCAGGGGUUUGAACGUUCAAAGACAGCUAAACUACAGUUUUUGAAGCAGCCACAGAGUGCAAAGGUCAUAUAUGGACAAUCGGUCAGUCUCCAUGUUGCCGCUUCUCCAGUAACACCCUCAACAAAGUAUCAGUGGUAUUUAAACGGGAAUCCUCUGGUCGGACAAACCUCUUCUCAUUUCACCAUCUCUUCAGUUGUUGACUCGGAUGUCGGAGACUACGUGUGUGUUGUUGUCAGUGGCAGCGACACUCGAAUUCAGUCAGAACCAGCUGUUAUAGAAUUGACGGAGAUCUCUCACCAGAGGAGAGGGGUACCUGCCCCUGCCCCCCAGAGCCAAGUUUUCGAGCCCCCCAAACGCUAUCUUAUCACUCGUGGAGCUCCUGCUGACAGGGAAGCAGAUGUUUUGUUGUUGGAGCCUAGGCAACCGCCGGUCACUAAAGCAGAAGCUCCACCCAGUAUUGUCAUUGACGAGCACCCAGCCUCGGUGGAGAUUGAGCCAGGCGACCCUUUGACCCUCCGCUGCCGAGCCUCCAGUAGUCAUGGCGACAUCAAGUACAGCUGGUACUUCAACGGACUAUUGAUCGAAGAGGAACAAUCGGACUAUGUGCUUAACUUUUUCACUGACGAAGAUGAGGGCUAUUACACAUGCAAAGUGAGCAAUCAGUACGGAUCAGUUACCUCCAACACGGCUCAAGUCAAAGCUAAACUAGACUCAGACUAAUUAAUUAUAUAAAACUCGAUCUCUCAAUUUGUGUGGACUUGUUGGUUUUGUGAUAGUUUGUAAUUACGUCAUAAUUAUAUUAAUUGUAUGUGGGGUGUUUUUUUCACCUGUUCAAUUUUUAUGACCGAGAAUUAAUGCACUUUUUUUCCUUCACUUUCA